UAUAGAUACCUAUUUACUUCGAUUACGUUAAAUAGCACGCAAACACAACGCUCUACAGGUCAGGUAGGUACGCGUGUCAAUAAUAAUACCCAAGCGACAGCUGGCAGCCUAGCAACCCGCACCUGUGAGUGUGUGGGUGCCUUUGCGAGGGGAACGCGUCGAGAUGCCCGUAUGCGAGGCGCACAGACCAAUCAGCGCGCCGCUUGCCUCUUACGGCGUACCGCAUUCGUGUAGCAGCCCCCCUCUGAUUCCUUACACCCUUCAGUCAACGUCGGCCAUUCAACGUUACUUCACGCAUCCACGCAACAAAAUGGGUGUCCAUUUAACAGAGUACGACAUGGCACGCCUCGUAGGAAUCUACAGGGAUUACGAUUGCUUGUGGAAUAUGAAUCAUGAAUUGUACAGAGACAAUGAAGCGAGGCAGGCGGCGUACAAGGAAAUAUUGCAAAAAUUAGACAUUAAAGACCUAACUGUCAAAGAUAUCCCGAACAAAAUUAAAAAUUUAAGGUCAUCCUAUUAUCAAGAGCUUAAACGGAUAAAAAGACAUGCUCGAAUAAAUGACACACCGUAUCAACCAAAACUGAUGUGGUUUGCUGCCCUGGAUGAAUUUCUAAGGCCAUUUCGGGCUGAACGGUCAUUACUCAGAAAGUUAAAUGUGACAAAGAAAAGCGAAAACAGCAGCAAAAAUGAAAAUGAAGUUCAAAUGAAGACAGUUGCUGAGAGAAUCCCCACUGCAGGACCACAACUAGAGGAUGAAUUUGAUAAUUUCGGAAAAUAUAUUGCCAGCUCUCUCCGUGCCAUGCCUCCAGAGUUUUCAAUUAUUGCUAAAACAGAACUACAGAAAACUAUAUCAGACCUUCAACUGCAAAUAAUCAGAAAGAACAAUCAUCAUUAUAGUCAGUCGCCCUACCAGUGUGCAUCGAGUGACAAUGAUAAUGAACAUAUUAUAGGAAACGAAACACCUACGUCUGAUUCUUGCAUAACUUCUGUGAAAAUAGAAUUUGAUGAAUAAAAGUUUUAUUUAAA